AUGGCUUGGAAUGCGAAUGAGGUUGCUCUGAAGCUUCUCAGCCCCAAAGGGGAUCCAGGCGGUGCCUAUGUGAGGUUUCUAGACGACAUCAUGAGACAGAGUCGGGGCGUUGGAGUCGACUAUGACAACUUGAUGCCUACUGCUGGACCUGUUUCCGAGCAAACACGGCUCCUCAUAGCUGUGGAGAAGCUAAAGGAAAACCCGAGAAAGACUCGCAGCGAGAGUUCACAGAUUAUCCAAAAUGUACUCGGAUCAAACCAUGCAGGACAAUACAUCAGCAAACUCAUGGAAAGCGCUGCUCAAUCUAUUGCCAUGAUCGAUCCGACAGCUGGAGAUUGGCAUGCUCAAGACUUCGUCAUGGGUAGCUAUCGACCUAGUUCGUGGCAGCGAGAUGAGAGCUUCCAAUCAUUCUGUUCUCGAUCCGUUCCACUGGGCAGCGAUAAGGCUAUCAACGCAGCGAAAACGGCGCUGGAUGAGAAGUCUUCCAUGAGAGCCAGGAAGUUACAGAAGCGCCUCGGCAUUCAGUUCUAUGCUACUGACAAUCUAGCAGAGCACUUGCUUCUUGAAAAUAAACAUGGAAAGACUCGACUCUACAUAUUCCAUUACGCGGGGUAUCUGAAGGCUCGUCUCGAACAGACUAGGUCGUUCAACUUACCGAUUGAUUGUGCUAUGGAGACUUGCCUUGAGCAUGGGACUUUGCCACCCCAGCUUCUAGUCGAGACACUUCACUCCAUCCAGGCUGUGCUAUUCCCAGUCACAGAGCCAGAAGAGGUCAGAAUCCUGCGCACGCUCAUCCGCAUGCAGCACUUCGACCCAGAGUGUGCAGAAAAUGAGGGCUACAAGGUUUACCAGAACGUUCCAAAGGACUUCAAAUACAUCUACUGGGCAGAGCGCUUGGCUACACUACACGCGCGCUUGAAAGACAGGCCACCUCGGAGCAGACUUGAAAAAUGGCUCGCACAGGAGAAUAAUGAUGGGAAUGCUUUUCUAAUCGCCUUGUUGGCACUUUUCAUCUCGGUGAUUGUGGGAAUACUGGGCCUCAUAUUAGCUGCGGUGCAGACGUGGAUCGCGUGGAUGGCAUGGAAGUAUCCAGUUCCGGACCGAUGA